GUCUCGGAACAUGGCCAGCAGCAGUGGAGCAAAAGCCGAUGAAGCCUGCAUGGAUGUCACACAUGGCGAUGAAGGUGCUAAUUCUAGGGAAGCCAUGAAAGUUACAGAUGUCAUACGCGGCAAACGUGGUACACGCGGGAGAACUGUGUGCGACAUCUCUGGUAGUGAGGAGGGAAAUGUGGUCAACAAUGACGACGAAGAAUAUGUUCGCUGGUUGAUGGCUCGUGACGACGGUGUAUUCCCUCUGAAUAUAAUGCCGAAAACGGGCCACCGUGAUGGUUCCAUAUACAAGUUGAACACCACGCAUCAGUGGAAGAAACAAUACCGCAUCACGGACCGUGAUGAGAGGUAUAUUUAGAAUAUCACUAUUGUAAUUAGAGCGCAGAUGAAGAUGCAUUGGAAGUUUCACUUUUUGCAAGAUAGGAUAUAUGAAUUAUUGGCAUUUAGAUGUUUACGUACUUUCGGUCUUAGCUGUCCAUAACGAUUUUUUAGCGCUAAUAUCUUAUUCCUAUAUUGUGGGCGUACUUCAUCAUUAUUACUAUUAUCAUCUUUCUGUCGGUGAUACUUCAUAAUUAUUGUUAUUA